AUGCGCGUCCUCGCAUCGCCGCUGCUGCGCGUCGCCUCCCUCUCUUUCGCCACCGCCACACGCGCUCAAACCCACUGCCACGUCAGCAGCACUCCCUUCAACCUCCUUGCAACCCUUGCGUGCCCCCCCGCGCGCCACUCAGCGAACGGAUUCCCCGCCGCAUUCCCCGCCGGGUUCCGCGGCAAGUCCGUGCUGGCGUCGUCGGCCUCUCCGCCGUCACCUCCUGCCGAGGAGUCUGCGGCGCGCAAGCGAGCCAAGAUGGCGGCAGCGGGAGACGCGGCGGCAGAUGCGGCGGUGAGCGUGGGGAACGGCGAGCAGGCGGGAGCCCCGCGGAAGCGCAUCGGGACGCACAACGGCACGUUCCACUGCGACGAGGCGAUGGGGUGCUUCCUGCUGCGCCGCACUCUCAAGUUCCGCGACGCCGAUGUGAUCCGCACCAGGGACGAAAAGGUGCUAGCGGAGUUGGACGCGGUGAUCGAUGUGGGAGGGGUGUACGACCCAGCCACGGACCGCUACGACCACCACCAGCGCGGCUUCUCCGAGGUGUUGGGCCACGGCUUCUCCACCAAGCUCAGCAGCGCUGGCCUCGUGUACAAGCACUACGGGGAGGAGGUGGUGGCGGGGCUCAUGGGGCUGCCUCACACCCACGCGGACGUGCACAAGGUGUACCUCGCUGUCUACCGCUCCUUCAUGGAGGCAUUGGACGCGAUAGACAACGGGGUGAACCAGUUUGAGUCGGAGCACCCACCACGCUACGUGAACAACACGCACCUGUCGGCGCGCGUGGGGCGCUUCAACCCCGACUGGCUCGACGACGCCUCUCCUGCCGCCCAGGACGCUGCCUUUCACAAGGCCAUGGCUCUCGCUGGGGAGGAGUUCGUGGAGGCGGUGACGUACACGGCGCGCAGCUGGCUGCCGGCGCGCAGCAUCGUGGAGGAGAGCAUUGCUGCCGCCGUGGCCGCGCACGGCACUGCUGAGAUCAUCACCCUCAAGCAAUUCUGCCCGUGGAAGGGGCAUUUGAGUGAGCUGGAAGGGGAGUUGAAGCUCAACCCUCUGCCCAAAUACAUGCUAUACACCCCUCAUCCUCCCUUCUCGCCUUCCCUCCGCAUUCAACCACUCCCUGGCCGCCCUACAAGUGGAGCUUGCACGCGCAGUAGUGCCACGGCCCUUGCUAUCACCCGCGCAUUCUCGAGUGUUUCCCUCACUCCCCUCGCUUCCCUCACUCCCCUCGCUUCCCUCACUCCCCUCGCUUCCCUCACUCCCCUCGCUUCCCUCACUCCCCUCGCUUCCCUCAGGCCAUUUCAGUGGCGCCAUGCAACUUCGAGAGGCGCUGCGCGCUGUCCGCAGACUGGAGGGGAUGCGGACAUUUUUCUCUCACCCCCUCAUUCCCCCACUUGCUUCCCUGCACCUGCCUGGCCCCUGCAGGACGACCGGGCCAAGCAGUGGCGCGUGCAGGCCAUUUCAGUGGCGUCAGGCAGCUUUGAGAGCCGCUGCCCGCUCCCCGUCGACUGGAGGGGGCUGCGCGACGAUGAGCUGUCUGAGCGGUCGGGCAUUCCGCGGGGGGUGUUUGUGCACAUGAGUGGGUUCAUCGGUGGUAACCACACGUACGAGGGCGCCCUCGCCAUGGCCAAGGCUGGCCCACAGUGGUGCUGCCAUGCGCUGUGCCCACCCACCAGUGCGUGCGUGGCGAUCCCCUCCUCCAACCACCCAGUGCGCACAGCCCUUGCUGCCUGCCACUGCAUUGCGGCACCGCACUGUGUGCUGCUACCACGCUGCCCUCAAUCCCUUCACCGCCACACACUCUGUGCUUCUGCUUGCCCAUGA